CCUUGCGUUCCAUGCUGAUAUCGCAAUAAUGGCGUCGAGGUUCACCCAUUCCACGCUUCACCAGCGCGAUCCUCGAGCUUCCUCGAGCCUCUUCGAUUCAUAUGGUGGCGGUAGCAGCGAGAGGGCUCGGCAUGGAAGCAGGUCGCCAGCCGGCAAAGUUGGCGGAUAUGGCUUCUCCGGGUCGCCGAAUGGAAAUCCAGACAGAGGUGCUUCGGCAGGGUCUUAUCGGGUGGCAACGCCUAACUCGAGAGGCCAGUAUUCCGAUGCAGUGCUUGACUCACUCGAGUCACAGAACGAUGUGGAGCUUGAAGGCAUGUCCGCGAAAGUGAAAAUGUUGAAAGAUAUAACCAUUGCGAUCGGUGAUGAAAUCCGCGAGUCCUCGGCCCUUGCCGAAAAAAUGAACGAUACCUUUGACAGCACCAGAGUGAGGUUACGUGGAACCAUGAAUCGGAUGCUUGUCAUGGCUGAGAGAACGGGCGUUGGCUGGAGAGUCUGGUUAGGCUUCUUUUGCGCCGUGUUCCUGCUCUUCGCUUAUGUGUGGCUCUUUUGAAUCUGGACUCUUGAAUCUGGAAAAUCAAUAGAGAAUCACACCAAACAUUCUCCCCGAGAGUGAGGCGAUGAAUUUACGUCGGCAUUACCGCGCCUGGAUAACAUCAGAUGCAAACAUGGAUCACGGAUAAUAAAGGACAUGGGGGAAGGGAAUAAACCAUGGGAUGCCAGGGGUAUCAUAUAACCCUUUCUUUGAUGCGGAAAACAAAAAGGGGAAACUCAGUUCUUGACCUUCCCCAGCUUGCCUCGCCGGUCCGCACCCAUUUUCUCCAUGGGUUGUUGUCUCUCUUGCGUGACUCAAUCUCGACCUGGCGGACGAGAUGCCAUUUCUCUCUCCUCUCGACAACGUCACACAAUGAAUAUCAUGAUAUCUAAUCCACUAAUUUUUAACGACAAUUACCUAUAUUAAUUCACUAGCCUCCUCCCUAGCUCAUCCGUUGUUCAUCUACCAUCAUCGCCUGCGUGUCAGUUUUGAUUUUAUCCAUGGAUAUGCCUUCACAACCCAUCCCUUGGCUGGCAGCUAGGAAGUGAAAGAGAUACGAAAAGGGACAUGAAGGCGGAUUAAGCGAUUUUUCUUUCACUACUCACCCACACACACUCGCACA